AUGGCUGGAGGAGAAGACAAAGAAAACAGCGUUUGGUCUUUCUCCAAUGCGCCUGUGACGCCCACACACCUGUUGAGCCGGUCUCAACCCUCAAUUUUGAAAGAUGUCAAAAAAUCGCCUCAACGUCGUGAAAUGGCCCGGAAACCGCUGGCAAGUAAGGACAACAAUCGUACUGCAAAUCUAGUGGCGCAAAAGGAACCCCUGCAGAAGAAAAGGGGCCGGCCCGUGGUGAAUUACGCGGGGAGUUUUAUAGGGACCACACGACCAGGUCCCGCGCCACGUCUCAAGAGCUUGGUGCUGCGUGAUGCUGUGGAAGAAGACUCGAAGGAGCAUAGUGAGGUAUCGGAUGCGGAUGAAGAGUUGGAAACAGGUUCUAUAGCGGCCAAACUACGCGGAUCGCUGGCCGCACGUGACCAGGUCGGUAGAGAACAUACUGAUAAUGACGAUCAAGAUGCUCAAUCGGGUCUUUUAGGUCGUCUUCAAGGUGGUGGUAACGAUUUGCAAAGUCUUCUUAGUUCGAAACCGAACCUGAGCCUCGUUCCAAAACAAUCGCACAACGACAGCGACAGCAAUAGUGAUCGCGAAGUCGAGACCAUACCGCCAAGACCAGAGCCUUUGCCGCACAUUCCUAGUGCUCACACACCAUUCAGGGACGAAGAUAUUGAAAAGUUGAAUUCACCAGCAGCUCUGACUCUGCGGCUUUAUUCUAGCGACGAAGAUGAAAACGAUGGCAUCGAUGACAGUGCUCCAUCCAAAUCGCGUCAAUUAUUGGAAUUGGACUUUAAUGAUGACGGCGACGAAGAAGAUGAAAACGAUCGGGAACGCAAGCGGUAUCAUGGGUAUCCACAAAGUAACACUCAACCCCCCAUCCUAACGGCGCAACAGGUUGAAAAUGGCAAUGAAUUUUUGGAAUUGGAGCCCACUUAUGGUUGCGAGGGACUCACGGUGAAGGAGCUUGAAUCGCUCUUGGAGUAG